ACAGGAAAUAUGGUGUCAGAACAUUUACGAUUUCUUCAAAACAUGAAAAAUUACUACAUCCUAUCCGUCUGAAAAUUUUUAGUAAAAACCAAAACUUCCGGAUAGAGGGCGUUCUCAUCCAAUAUGGCUGCGCCCAUGAGUGGAAAAUUUUUCAGUACAGAUCCCACAGAGAUAAAGGACAUAGUCCUCCUCCUGACCCAGAAUGGACUUUGUCCUCGCUGUGUCCUCAGGUUCCUGGGAGAGGGGGAUACUGCAGUGUUUAGAGUCUCCAUUGAGGAAUUGACCCAGAAAGUGAUAUCACUGGCAGAUGGUCAGGAAGGUAUAUUUUCUUCCCUCCCUUGUCCUGCUUGUUUGGGAAUUCUCCAGGUGUACCUAGAGGGAGAGUUUCUUAACAGAAUUGUAGAGACAGUGAAAUCCAGUGAUCAUCAGUUCAAGACAUUCAUUUGUUCUCUGACUACACCUGUGUGUUCACUUCUUAGAGAGCAUUCUUUCCUUCUGCUGCUGAAUGAAAAGUUUAAAUCUCUGUAUGAAUGUAAAGUGAUAGAGGACAUAGCAUCAGUUAAAGAUGUCUGGAAAUGGAGGAGUGGUCCUAUUUUAGCAGCGGCUCUAAAUGCACCUUUUGAAUUCAAGAGCAAAUUUGACAUUAUUCUCAACUUUACUUACGACAAGUCAGACAAGGAAUGCACCUUCCUGUCUUACCACAGUCCAGCAUUAUUCAGGAAAAGGAAAAACCAACAAAAGAAUUAUGGAGAUACCUACACAAGGACUAAUGUAGCAAAAGUUUUAUCAGACAUCACAGAUGGAUAUUUCAAAAGGAACUACAACAUCCCAAAGAGCAACGAGAACAGUAUCUGUAAAUGUAAUGAGAUCAAGUGUAUCCAUGAUGCCGUCUUUGUAGCAGGUAGAUACAAUAAGUACAGCCGCACACUGAGUCAGACUCCGUGGAUUCUGGACGGGGGCAGGAAAAGUCAGUCAUCCGUGGAGGAAGAAAUCUGUGAACCACUGAAGCAGAAAUUUAGGUUUACAGAACAACGUUUUUCUUCAUCAGGACGAGAAGAUGUGGACGUAAGAAUGUUAGGAAAAGGAAGGCCUUUUGUUGUAGAAAUGGAUGAUCCACAUCGAGUUGAAUUCUCAGCAGAAGAUAUCUUGGAAAUACAGAAGGAAAUCAACAAGUCAGCUGAUAUCAAAGUCAGGGAUUUACAAAUUGUUGACAAAAAAGAUGUCGAUAAACUAAAGGAGGGUGAAAUAGAGAAAAUGAAGACCUAUUCUGCCCUUUGCUGGUCUAAAGAAUCUCUCUCUGAGGAACAACUUCACAAGCUUCAGGAAGUUAAGGAUCUUAUUAUUUAUCAAAAGACUCCGAUUCGAGUCCUUCACCGGCGCCCUCUGGCGACAAGGGAGAGAAUAGUGUACAGUAUGUCCGCCAAGAAAAUAGAUGAUCUUCAUUUCACCUUGAGUCUCUCAACACAGGCUGGCACCUAUAUUAAAGAGUUUGUUCAUGGAGAUUUCGGGAGAACCACUCCAAAUCUUGGAACCUUGACUGGUGUGGAGUGUGAUAUUCUGGAACUUGAUGUACAGAGUGUUGAGCUGGAUUGGCCUCCAAGCUUAGAAGACAGCUGACAGAUGUUUGUAUCCUAGACUGAAUAAAUGUUAUGCCUCAGUUCAA